UUCGGCCAAGAAGGCUUGCUCGGCCCUUUCCUUUGCAGGGCAUGCAGGUAGUCGCCGUAGUCGAGUUAAUGCCGAUGCAAAUUGCGGCGCAAUAUAACCCAAUAAUUCGAACCAGCUCGCAGAAGCGGGAAUCCUUCCCGUUUACCAGGUUAGCAGGCUAUAUGGUUAUAAGGUUAUAAGGUUACCAGGUUAUAACCAGGUUACCCGGUAUUGCAGAACAAUGGCCUUUCAAACUGGGCCAGAUCGAAGGUCUGUUGCCGUGUUAAUCCGUUUGCCAUCGGGAUCGGCCAGAUUAUUAGUCAAUCGCCGAGUUUCGCUUUCGAGCGCUUCACUUUCGAGUUAGAUUUUAUUGCGGCAUCUUUGGUAACACGCUGAGUUGCCCGCCGUUGCCGUUGCCGCUCCGCUUUCCGCCGGAUCGAUUGAGCGGCCGAGUUAGACGGAACCGCCAGUCAGGGUCCCGCCGACUACAUGUGUACAUAAACAGAUCCCGAAAGCGGGUUGCGGAGUCAGGAAUUCGAUCCGACUCGAUCGCAGAGCCCUGUUUGUUUGUUUGCGGGAUUAGCGGGGAUUGACUCGGACUUGGAACCCGGCCCCGCACCGCCUGCGUUUCAUUAGAAAGUCGUAAAAACACAUAAUAAUGAUGUCGAAGGAUUAGCACAUUCGAUCCUUUCGAGGCAUUCCAGGCAGCGCAAUUAACGGACUAGCGAGCGGACGGCGGAUAAGUGGGUUAUUUUUUGCGCGGACUUAGCUUGAUCCGCCGACUUAACCCGUUGCCCAAAGGAGGUAGCAGGUAGGAGGUAGUUGCCCCCUCGCUCAGCUCCAUCCUGGCGAGGACCACCACACAGGACCCUCUGCCCGAAGGGCGUACAGUUGCGUACAGUCCGGCAUGAUUAUAUCAUCAUAAUAAAUGUUUUGCCAAACGAAACCGAAAACUUUUCAAAUUAAGUCCCGCCAACUGCGUCCUUCCCCCAAAAGGCGGCCAUUAUCCGCCGUGGCAGCUCCCAAAUGGUAAUGCUGUCCCCUCCCCCUCCUCUUCCCCUUCCCCUUCCCCCUCUCCCUUUCUUUGGGGGGUUGGGUUCUCCAGUGUGUGGGGCUGUUAAACGUGCGGCAUAAUAUUAAGACUUCAUAAAAGCGCAAAUAAUUCGCUGGCAGCGAUCGAUAAAUAUAUGUGUGUAUAUAGUAAAUGCCCGGUUGUGUGCACCACCAGUCGACUGAGCGGCAUUAUGCCAUAUCAUUCUUGAUGAAGCCGAUAAAAUCCCAUUAUUAAGGGGGCCGCCCGUCCCGCUCGCUCCUGCGGAGCCUUCGCCUGCGGGCGGGCGAGACAAAAGAUUCGCUCAUCCGCUAUGAAUACCAAAUCUGCCUCGCUCUUCCACUCCCUCUCUCUCGCUUUCUCGCCUUUUCGCUCUCUCUGGGAUGCCCCACUGCUCCCCCCUGCUGCUCCUCCUUUCCCUCUUUGUCCCGCCUCGUAAUCGCCGCUCAGCAUCGCAGUUUGGCAACCAGGCAUCGCGAAGCAAGGCUCUCCGCACCGCAAGAUUAGCACCGCUCGUGCUGUCCCGCUCGCACCUGCCUGCGCGACUGCGAUUGGCUGUUCGCGGGAACAGGCGGCCAUUUGCCUGCGCGAAGCAGUGGUAUAAAAGGGAGCGGGGUGGCUGAGAGAGGCACACUCGAGCUGUGAGCGCCGCACAGUCGACAUCGCAUCCCGAAACUCGCAACUCGCUAGCAACUCGAACCAACUCAACUCAAGUCGAUCUGGAAACAAAGACACUCCGCCGCAAGAUGCACGGAUACCGAACCUACAACAUGGAGAGCCACCACGACGCCAGUCCCGUGGACCAGAAGCCGCUGGUCGUCGACCUUCUGUCCAGCCAAUACGGCAAGCCGCAGACGCCGCCCCCCUCGCCAAAUGAAUGCCUAUCCAGUCCUGACAACUCGCUGAACGGCAGCCGCGGCUCGGAGAUUCCCGCCGACCCGUCCGUCCGGCGGUACCGCACCGCCUUCACCCGCGACCAGCUGGGCCGCCUGGAGAAGGAGUUCUACAAGGAGAACUACGUGUCCCGGCCGCGCCGGUGCGAGCUGGCCGCCCAGCUCAACCUGCCGGAGAGCACCAUCAAGGUGUGGUUCCAGAACCGCCGCAUGAAGGACAAGCGCCAGCGCAUCGCGGUCGCCUGGCCGUACGCCGCCGUCUACUCGGACCCCGCCUUCGCCGCCUCCAUCCUGCAGGCGGCGGCCAACAGCGUGGGCAUGCCCUACCCGCCCAUGAUGCCGCAGAUGCCCCAGAUGGCCCAAAUGGCCCAGAUGCCCCAGCUGCCGAUGGGCAUGCCCCAGUUGCCCCAGAUGCCGCAGAUGCCUCAGAUGCCCCUCGGCCAUGGCCACGCCCACGCCUCGCCGUACGGACAGUACCGCUACUCGCCGUACCACAUCCCCGCCCGGCCGACGCCCCCGCAGCCCGCUGGCCCUCAUAUGCACCCGCACAUGAUGGGCUCCAGCCCCUCUGCCUCCGUCUCCGCCUCCGCAUCCUCGUCAGGAUCUGCAUCAGCAUCAGCAUCUGCAGGAGCAGCCUACUCAGCGAGCCUGCUGGGAGCCCUGCCCCCCGUGGCCAUCUCCUCCUCCGCCUGCUACCCAGGACUGGGCCUGCCCAAGACGCAGACGCCGCCGCUGGACCUGCAGUCCUCCUCCUCGCCGCACUCCUCCACGCUCUCGCUCUCGCCGGUGGGAUCCGACCACGCCAAGGUGUUCGACCGCAGUCCCGUUCCCGUUCCCGCUUCUGGUCCGCUCCCGCUGACCACCACCAGCCCGCUGCCCGCUCCCGGACUGCUGAUGCCCAGCGCCAAGCGGCCCGCCUCCGACAUGUCGCCCCCGCCGGCGACCACCGUGAUCGCGGAGCCCAAGCCGAAGCUCUUCAAGCCCUACAAGACUGAGGCGUGAGUCCAGGAGGAUCCCCCGAGUACCCUGGUGUCCCUUGAACCCCUGGAAGAUUGUACAAACUAGGCUUAGUCGCCCCGCACUCCUAUUUAUUCCCGGAGAUUGUAAGAUACUCUAGAGUUACAGUAGCUAAUGUUAAUGUUAAUGUAGUGAUAGUGAUAAGCAAGACUCGAAUCGAAAUCAAAAUAAACCGAAAACACUGAAAAUCA